AUCCCCCGUCACCACCCACGCUCGCUCACUCUGCCUUUGGUUUGAUUCCUGGCAAUCCAUGAUCGACAGUCUUGUCUCUCGACCCUGAUGUGCCUGUGCGAUCCCUUUUCUUCUUCAUGACCGCUCGGUUCCUCCUUCUUUUGUGACUCGAACACAUCAUUCUUUGGGACUCUUCAUAUAUCGAACAGCCCCGUCCAUCCUUUCAACGCACACGCAAGUAACCGCUCCCGCCGCACCAGUCCUCGGUAUAAUCAAGAACCAACCACACGAGACUAUUCGGACGAGUUUCAUGUACUACAAUCCCAUCACGAUAUUUCGAGUCGUCUAGACAGUGUCCUUGUCUCGUCAAGCCACCGUCGUCCAAUCCUUAUCACUAGGAACCGAACAAACACCAUCUUUAGACAAACCACCAAACCCCAAGCAACCACGACACCAGACAGUUCCACGCUCAGGAACGUGUAAAGUAGCAAUACUAUUUAUACUCGCAUAAUCGACCCGAUAAAGAUCACGCAUAACGACUGCUUCACUCGCAAGAUAACUCAUCGACUGCUUUCAGACGUCAAGGACCGAAAUGGACCCCAACAUGAUGACAGCACAGAUGGGCCACUCGCCCUUCUUCUUUUACACACCCGAGGCUAGGACCGACAACAGGCAUCACGGGCACUUUUCUCAGCAGCACCCCCAGCAGCACAUGGCCAUGGCCCAGCUCCCUGUGUACCCCAUGGUGCCGACACUACCUUCGACCCCCAUGUACUCUCGCCCAAACUCUUCGUGCUCCCAAGUGCCGGCGCCGCCACCUACCCUCUACAGCAACGGCCCCGGCGUCAUGACGCCCGUGGCAUCUCCGCAGCCUUGUCACCAGAAGCCGACCAUCCUGCUGGAGACGGACGGUAUGGACGACAACCUGUAUUUCCCCUCGACACCGCCUCUGUCUAGUGCCGGUAGCAGCGUCAGUUCGCCCCACACGUGCGACAUGCUGCAGACGCCCAUGAACCCCAUGUUCUCUGGACUGGACGGUCUCGAGGACCCCAAGGAGAUGCUUGAGCCUGUGGAGAGCGUAGCUCUGGACUGGUCCAGCUGCGGCUCUCCUCCGAUGACACCUGUGUACCUUGGUCAAGCUCAGGCCGUGUCGCAAUCUCGCCCGCUCAAGGUCAGCUCGCCCAACUUUGCCCCAGCUUCAACGCAAAACACCACCAACUCGGUUGCAAGCGACCUUCUGUCGUGCCCCUCUCUGUCGCCAUCGCCCUCGCCUUAUGCCAGGUCCGUCACCUCUGGACAGGAAGUUGACUUCUGCGACCCUCGCAACCUGACCGUCGGCACUGCCGCCCUGACUGCGGCGGCCUCCAACCCCACGCUGGCAGCCGAGUUUCCUGCCUUCCCUACGUCGUCCACUGCUAUUGUCCCCCCCGUCGCUGCGCCCAACUUUGACUUCAACUCUGCCACUCCCCACGGCCUUCCUUCCUUUGAAGACCUCUCCGAGUUGGAGUCGGACGACGACUUUGUCAACGACUUGGUGAACCUUGCCGGCACUGACGUUGCCUCCUCGCGGCCCCGUGCCUGCACAGGCUCCAGUGUCGUGACUCUCGGUCACGCUAGCUUCAUCGGCGACGACGAUUUCAGCUUUGACGACGACGCCUCUUUCAUCACUGGUGCCACCAGCCCAGUGAGCUGCCACUCUGACGCCGAUUCUCACCAGGAUAAGCGCCGCCGGGUUUCCGAGGAGGACUCCAUCCCUACCAUGAACGUUUCCGCCGACUCUGCCACGCAAGCCUCGAUUCAAUCCCAGCCCGCUGCUGAGCCUACGCAGAGCACAGGCACUUCUGAGCGGAGGGAGUCUUCCAACUCGGAUGGUGAUGCCUCCCCAUCCGCCACCACGCCCCUGCCUGCUCCCACGAACCGACGCGGCCGCAAGCAGUCUUUGACCGAGGACCCCUCCAAGACGUUUGUCUGUGAGCUGUGCAACCGUCGGUUCCGCCGCCAGGAGCACCUGAAGCGUCACUACCGUUCUCUGCACACCGGUGACAAGCCUUUUGAAUGCCAAGACUGCGGCAAGAAGUUUUCCCGGAGUGACAACCUUGCCCAGCACGCCAGAACCCAUGGCAGCGGCGCCAUCGUCAUGGAUCUCAUCGAUGACGGCGGUGUUCACUCGUUCGACAACAUGAUGAUUCCCCAAGCAGAGGACUAUCACCAUCUCGGAAAGGUCCUCUUCCAGGUGGCCGCUGAGGUGCCCGGCAGUGCUAGCGAGUUCUCGUCAUCGGACGGCGAAAGCGACCAAGGCAAGAAGAAGCGCAAGCGAGCUGAGUAA